AUGGCGCGGAAGGAGAGGUUGCACCUGCAGGUUGGACUGUCGGAAGAGAUGACUGGGGAAAUCGCAUCAAAGUACCUGUCAGCCAGGGUCCGAGCGAGAAAAGCCCGCACGCAAAUAACAGAGUUGAAGGAGGGAGGUUCGUCCGUCACAGGCGUGAAGCAGAUUCUGGGGGCUGCCUCAGAGUGCUUCCGGAAAAUCUUUGGCAGAGAUCGUCGCACAGACUUCACAUCCUGGAACUUCAGUCCUACGCGGUGCCUGGGAAAAGAAGCAGCGAAGGCGUUAACGGUGGAAUGGACGGAGCAGGAAAUUAAAGCAACUUUUGCAGCGAUGGCCAAGAACAAAUCACCCGGUGGGGACGGGCUCCCGAAGGAGCUCUUCGAAGCUCACUGGGACCUGUUGGGAGAGAGUUUCAUGGUGAUGGCAAAGAGCUUCGAGAAAGCUGCCUUCCUCCCGAUGGAGCUCAAGGAAGCAGUAACAAUCCUGCUACACAAAAAGGGAGAUCGGGAUCAGCUGGAUAACUACAGACCAAUCACCCUUUUGAACUUCACUUACAAGGUUUUGGCGAAGGUCAUGGCGGACAGGAUGAAAUCCGUACUGCACUAG